UUAAUAUAACUGUAUUACUCGUUACAAUUGUACUUACGAAAAUAUACAAAAAAAAUAGUUCCGCUAAACGGUUCAAAUUAGGUAUGCUUGAACGGUGUUGGUAUAUUAGUGUACGUAUGUACGCGUGUCUGAUUUCAGCAUACACAACUCGGCGCUUAUGGAACGAAGAAAAACUAGAGAGUAAAAUAAAGAAAUGAGAGUAGAAUUGGUGGUUAAUUCUUUCUUUGGAAAAACGAAAGCUACGGUAUCGUAUAUAUCGCGCAACGGUAAUUAAAACAUAUCUUGAAAUGAAUUAUUUAUAAUCUUUUGUGAUUAAUUACUUCAUUUAUUAAUAGUUUUGUACAAUAAUGCGCAGUAGUAAUAUGCAGUAAUAAUGCUUCAAAUUUUCCUAAAAAUAUUACAUUUACAAAUAUAUCUACAUUUUAUAUAUUUCUAAAAAAUUGCGAGUUUUUAAUUAUCCCUUUACUAAAUCUUGUCGCGGUCGCGACCAACAGAACUGAGGAAAUACGAAAGAAUGUCGACAAUUUUCUUUGUUGCUAGGCAAUGCCUUUUGAAUACAAUUAUACGUUUUCUCUUGCACGUUCAUAAAUCUUCUUCGAGCAUGUAACGUGUCAUAGUACGUGAUCACGGACUCUUCUUUUUUCGGCGAUGCUCACUCAAAAAUCAAUUUAAUUGCGCCGGUGAAAUCGAGCGCAGUAAGUAUAACGACGCGUAACGUUUGAGAAUGAAAGAGAGGAAAAUUGAAGAGUCAUUAAAAACCCCUCUUAGCGGACGAGCAAUGUCACUUUCACGAUCUCGCGUUCCGCUACUGAUGAAUAUGAGACAGCGAGUGUACUCGAACAAAUGACGGAACACCUGUCCGUCCACAUUUUAAAUUCUUCCAGACAAAAUUAUCCACUUAUCGCACAAAUUAAUAUCAAAAUUAUUUGCAGGCGCUCUCAUUCAGUCUAUAAAUAAAUUCUCAGUUUCAGGCAUUGAAGAAUUAACAAUUGUCGUUUGAUGCAGCAAUGAAGCAAUAUAUGCGAUGUCGCUUCUUUUGGGCUAUCGCAUAUUCAAAAUAAAUAAAUGAACAAUGAAUAAAUUAUCAACAUCAAUGCGCAAACGAGCGAGUGCACGCAUCGUACACCCAUCGCUUCUUUCCCUCUCCAAGCCGCAACCCUCCACGUCUGCAUGCCUCUUAUGUUGUCUUCACUCUUCGCGCGACGGGUCCUCUCGCUCCUCCGGGGCAUCGGAUGAGAGACACGAGGCAAGGAGUUCAGGUGUAUGUACGUCGCGGAUACCAGAGGGGAUUUCGUUGAGCUGGCUGGCGACCGGCUUCUCUCAAAUUGUCGGCGUGGGGAUAACUGGAGCUUCGGUUGAAGUCAAGUGUAUCGCGAAGUGGUACGCAAUGUUGCAGAGUUGCGGUGUGCGUGCGACACGACGGACGGACGGACGGACGGAAGAAACGCCGCCACGGCCUGAAGCGCACACCUGAAGCGCACGAAGAAGAAACCGGCAGUAGCAUCCAGGACACGAAGAGGAGGACUUCGCGACUCGCGGCUUCUUCAAGGCUCCUGCUCCUUAAUGCAGGCAGAAGAUAUGCGACUCUACGCUGUUGUUCUUCUUACAUGGGCGGCAAUUGUAACAGCAUCCCCGGAAUCUAACAUCUCGAAUUCGAGUGGCGAAGAGGCCGUUGAUCACACGGAGUCCCACGAUUCGCCGGCGAGGAAGAUAGUGCAGCCUUACGUGACGGGCAUAGAAGCGCGAAGUUCUGGACAAACGGGCACCGAGGAUCACUCUAACGAUGUUGCGAAUGUCGGUUUAAGUGGAUCAGCAGCGGUUCGCAGCGGCGAGAGAGGAUCGAGCGAUGCUACCACGACCGAUUCUUCCCCAGCCCCAGCGGUUUACGUAACGCCGUUCACCGGCACUGCGAGCGAUGCGUAUCCGUUUGGAGAGCACCUCGAUCUGCGCGAUUCCGGGUACACCGUACCCGAUGAUGUGCUGGUCGUCGAAAACGCCGGCAGUUUUGGACAGAGGGUCCGGCAGGGCCACCUGGAUGACCAGAAGGCCGCCAGGAACAUCGACGACCGGCAGGACGACGAUUACGCCUACCGGAAGUCCUUCAGCAGCACCGUGUCCUUCCUCGAGGACAGGGGCGACCGCGAAAGACCUUACGCGUUCACUACUAGGAAACCACUCGUGCUGAAGGAAGAACAUAAUUUAGCAGACGAUUCGUCGUCUACCGAAUCGAAAGCGAUCGAGUUCGAGGCGUUCACGAGGAAUUUCGAUAAAGUUUCUGGCAUCGCGAGCACAACGGAAGCUCGGCCGCUAGACAAGAAGAACACUGCUUCGACCGAGGAGGAGUCCGAGAUUCUCCCGCAGCCGCAGGCAAGGUUGUCUCGAAGGUACAACGGUACCGCGAACGAAAACGCGAAGUUCCCGGAAUCCAGCGAGAAGACAAAGAGCGUCGUGAGGACUUCAACAUCGGUGGAGAUCAGCCCGUCGUUGCAACCGGGGAGAUUCUCGGGCCCCAUCGUGGUGCCUGAGCUGCCUGAUGAAGAAAUUCGGGACGUAGUGGUUGAUUACUUGGACGACGACAACUUGGACGCUUCUAGGAUUAAAUUUGGCAGGAACGAAAAGAAGAACUUGGAGAUCGGCGCGAGGGGUUCCAGGCUGGCGGCUUCCAAGGGCAUAACAAUGUCGUCGAUCAUGCUGAAGCCUUUGCAGGUCGGGAUCACGCUGGUGAAUGCCGACCAAGCUGCUCUCGACAAUGAACAAUCCGCCGCGACCGAUACGGACUAUGUUCAGGACGAUCUGCAGCGUUUGGCGAUUGCUGACGGAGGACCCGCGGAGUACAAAGGGAACCAAUCGCGCGACAGCUACAAGGAUGAAAGUUUCCAACGCGUCAAGGAAGAAAAACCCGUCGAGGCCGUCACGCAGAAGGUCCUCGACAAUUCCGUCGAGAUCCAGAAGUCCAUCGAGAUUUUCCAUACCGCGCCCGUGCACGAGAUUCAUUACCCCGUGGAAUACGUUCAACAAACGUCCAACCUUGGUGUCAUUGAGAGCAACAGUAUCGGGAACGCGCAGAGGUGGAAGCAGGCGCACGGCCAAGACGAACGAUCGGAAUUGCAAUCGAACUACGACGUUUAUCAAGGUAACGACCAGGUAGAGAAAAAUGUCAUUAAGGCACACGCGUCCACGCUCUCCCAGAGGUACAAUCGACACGAGUAUGAUACCUCUGAAAACAAGCCGACGUCCUCGGUCUUGAUCGCCGAGUUCUCAUCGAAUACCCAGCAAAUGCCAGCCGAGGACGUCGGGUCGCAGCCGUUCAAGUAUAACGACGUGCAGCCCGUUUUACUGCUUCCGAGCCAGUCCGGCGAUGCGUUACGCGAUCAAUCCGACCCGCAGCAUAGUUUUAACGGCGACAGUGACGUGCCACCUCGCGCGAAACCCAUUGGAAGCCCCGCGAGCCAGGAAGUGGCGAACAAAUACGUGAAGACUUACGUUCCGGGCACGUAUCGGCCGCAGCAGUCGCAAUCGGGCCAACUGAUUGAUCACCAGCAUCCGUUACGCUCGUCGGAGACGCGGCGACCGGAAACGCAGCAGCAGCUGCUUCUCAAGAUCAUCCCCAACGGAUCCGCAGGCGACGGGGGAUUCCUGGUGCCGCUGCCGCGUCCCUAUCCCAUCGAGAAGAUCGUCGAGAAGACUGUCCAUGUGCCGCAUCCAGUCGAAGUCGAAAAGGUCAUCGAGAAGACGGUACAGGUGCCGGUUGCGGUGCCAGUUGCUCAGCCGUACCCCGUGCACGUGAUGCCGGAACGGCAGAUCCGGGUGCAGCAUCUGUACCCGGUCCACGUCGAGAGGCGAGCGCCGUACACGUUGGUCCAGCGGCCGCUGCCGCAGUCUUCCUAUUCGCUGCACAUGCGACUUCCGGUAGCUUACUCGACGACUCACACGGCAGAGAAGGCGACGGAGAAGCCGAUUGUGACGUCGGGGGUAGCACCGCGCCUUCCGCGGCCGUAUCGCGUGGACGUGGAGAGGCAGCCAUCGAUUAACAGCGGUUCAGUUGACAUCACGUACCGGCAGAAAUCCAACGCCGAGUCGAUCCUCGAGAACCUGGUCCCUCGAGGUACCGGGGAAGCGGCGGCAAGACCGAGCGAGGUGAACGCUUCGCGGUUUCAUCACGGGACUCCAGGGUACGGGCAAUCAUUGGCAGCGUACAAUUACGUCAACACGCCGCACUACCCCGACGUCAGGACGCUGAUGAUACUGCCGAGGGGGUACGCGGCGACAUCACGGCCGCACGCGGUACCCUCGCUGUACACGGUGCCGGUGGCCGUCAGGCGACAGAUCGCGUACAACCUGCUGGAGAAGGACGGAGCGACGAAGGGCGACGAGUACCUGGGGCCCGCACCAUUGUCACACAAGAACAUCCCCCGGAGCAAGACGAGGUCACCGCAGUAUCCCGCAAACAGUAUUGCCGCGCAGUCGCAGUCGCAGUCGGCGACAACGACCGGUGUCCUCAGGAAAUCGAGGCAGCCGGAGGCGCGGUAUCCCGGCAGCUUCCGGCAGUCGAAGAUGGAGUACGGCUUCAAGCCGCCCAUGGUACCGUCCGUGCAGUACGACGAGAGCACUGCAACUAAAGUUGAAAAUUGAUGCGACAGUCUUAUGAUAGAAAUGUAAUAAUGACAGCGCGCAAGAGUCUGGAGCGCUGAUAGUGAAGAUAGGUAUACCUAACGGAUGGCUCCCGAAGGAUGGAUUCUUCAGGUGUUAUCAAGUUCUGCAAACUCUUGCGUUAUCUGGAAAUAUUUUAGCAAUAAUUGUACGUUAUUUGCGAUAUUUUGUAUUUUCUGGAUAUGUUAUAUUGCAACUUACAAAUGUUUAUUACGCGUUUUAUAUAUGUUAGAGAUUUGUUGUUUCCUAUCGCAUCUAUGUGCUGCGCCGUUUAAUUUAUUCUAGUUUGAAUGCGAUCUAAAUUGUUUUGCAAUUUGGCGUGAUGACACCUUGUUAUAUCUUAUAGUAGAUAUCUCGUAUGACGGAUUACCGUGUAUAAAUAUCUCUCUGGAAUUAUCUCAUUAGCGUCGCAGAUGGAUAACGUAAUGAGAAGUAUGGGCGAUACAGCUCACAAGUUCGCAACUGUAACAUACAUAUACAUAUAAAUGCUCUGUUUUGGUUUAUCCUUCACCGUUAACAAUAAAUAAUGCGACUUAAUACUGUCAUUGCUAACAUAAAAUACGAAAACGAUAUGUUUAAAUAUGUAA